AUCUCUCUUUGUCCUCUGUUCUCAGUCCUCUGCUCCACUUUGCAGAAGUCGCAGGCAUCAGAUUUUACAAGGGGUAUUUGACACAAAAGGUGUCAAGGAGGGUUUAAUUUAUUAGGAAAUCGAAAUUCCAAGGAGGGGAAGAUGGAUUAUUCUUAUGCACCAGGAAGAAACCAUCUCUUCGUUCCGGGACCGGUCAAUAUCCCGGAACAGGUCAUUCGUGCAAUGAACAGGAACAAUGAGGACUACCGCUCCCCGGCCAUUCCGGCAAUGACAAAAAUCCUACUUGAGGAUGUCAAGAAGAUUUUCAAGACCACUGCUGGAACCCCAUUCCUGAUCCCUACCACUGGUACUGGUGCAUGGGAAAGUGCGCUUACAAACACUUUGUCUCCUGGUGAUCGAAUUGUAUCUUUCCUUAUUGGCCAAUUCAGUUUGCUUUGGAUUGAUCAACAGCAGCGCCUCAAGUUCAACGUCGAUGUCAUUGAAAGUGAUUGGGGUCAAGGUGCAAAUCUUGAAGUUCUGGCAUCAAAACUAGCAGCAGACACUGCUCAUACUAUCAAGGCCAUUUGCAUUGUGCACAACGAGACAGCAACUGGAGUUACGAACAACUUGGCUACUGUGAGAAAAUUACUGGAUUACUACCAGCAUCCAGCACUCUUUCUUGUUGAUGGGGUUUCCUCAAUAUGCGCACUUGACUUCCGCAUGGAUGAAUGGGGUGUGGAUGUGGCUUUAACUGGCUCUCAGAAAGCUCUUUCUCUUCCCACUGGAAUGGGAAUUGUGUGUGCCAGUCCCAAAGCUCUCGAGGCCACCAAAACUGCGAAAUCAGUCAGAGUUUUCUUUGACUGGAAUGAUUACUUGAAGUUCUAUAAGUUGGGAACAUUUUGGCCAUACACUCCUUCCAUCCAACUGCUAUAUGGGCUAAGGGCAACUCUGGAUCUCAUUUUUGAGGAAGGUCUUGACAAUGUUAUUGCAAGGCACCACCGCCUCGCCAAAGCCACAAGACUUGCUGUGGAGGCAUGGGGCCUGAAGAACUGCACCCAAAAGGAGGAAUGGUUCAGUGACACGGUCACUGCUGUGGUUGUUCCUCCAUAUGUUGAUAGUUCAGAAGUUGUUAGAAGGGCAUGGCAGAGAUACAACCUAAGCUUAGGUUUGGGCCUGAACAAAGUAGCUGGAAAGGUUUUCAGAAUAGGACAUCUUGGCAACUUAAAUGAGUUGCAACUGCUGGGCUGUCUUGCUGGGGUGGAGAUGAUACUUAAGGAUGUUGGUUACCCUGUGAAGCUUGGCAGUGGGGUUGCAGCUGCUUGUGCAUUUCUACAAAACACAAUUCCUAUGAUUCCAUCCAGGAUAUGAUUCCCCAUCCAUGCUUGUAACUACUUUUGCCUGUCAUUUGCUUCAGGAUACUUUGAAAAAAUUGCAUAAUCUCCUCUCUCUUUGCACUCUUUGAGGCAUACUAAAUUACUUGAAGUACUAUGUUUUUUGGGUUAUCCUGUAUAAAUCUUAAAUUCAUUUGAAUGUUGUUUAUCCUGUAUUUGAUUCCGAGUCACUUCGCAGUGGAUGACUUGCGGGAGAGGGG